AUGGUUCAGAUCAAGAACGUUGCUUUCGUAGCCGCCAUCGGUGCUGCUCACUACGCUACUGCCUCCCCGGUCGAGAGCCGCGAGGUUCUCGAAGCCCGUACUUUCGGUAUCCUUCACAGGAUUUUCGAGUACAAGCUCGCUCUUUGGUCCCGUAUCGCUCCCUGGAAGCACUCCUCGCUUCCCUCCUUCAACUGGGGUUGCCCCGAUUGGGGCAUUCCUGACUGGGACGGAGGAGACAAGGCCAAGUGCAGGCACAUCUGGAACUGGUGGAAGCCCUACUGCAAGCACGGUAACCCUCCCAAGCCGAACCCCGACGACAACAACAACCAUCCCAUCUGCAAGGGCAAGUACCAGCAAGUCUACAACAACUACCAGACUGUGGCUACCAGUGGUGUCUACCAGGGAAAGACUGUCGGUGCUGCCACCAUUGACAACGAUAACUACCUGACCUACAUCCUCACUGACUCGCUGGACAAGUGUCUGCAGGCUUGCGAACAGACCGCCGGCUGUGCUUUCGUCAACCUGUACCAGGACAACGCCGAGAAGCCUGAAGAUGUCAACGAUCUGCCUCCCUCUGCCAGGUCCAAGUACAUCAAGGGCAACCUCACCUGUGCUCUGUACAAGGCUUGCUCCGGCAAGAACAAGGCCAUUAACUACGGUGGUCAGCAGGACCCCACCUACAUCACCGACUCUUCGGCUUACUGCAAGAGCGGCAAGUGCUAA